AUGGCAGCGACCGGGCAGGAGGAAUACGAAUACCUCUACGAGGACCCCGCUCACCCCGCCGGCUUUUUGGAAUCGUUCCGGGCCUUCUAUCGCGACGGACUCUUCACCGACAUCGCCCUGCAGUGCGCCUCGGGGCUCACCUUCCGCUGCCACCGAGCCGCCUUGGCGGCCUGCAGCAGCUACUUCCGAGCCAUGUUCACCGCCGACAUGAGGGAAAAAUCCAAAAGUCACGUCAGGCUGCCCGGGCUCAGCCAGGCCGUACUGGAAGCCCUGGUGAAUUACGCCUACACGUCGCAGAUCCAGAUAACCGAGGGGAAUGUCCAAAGCCUGCUCCAGGCUGCGGACCUCCUCCAGUUUGUCUCGGUGAAGACAGCCUGCGAGCAAUUCCUGGUGAGGCGCUUGGAUACCGACAACUGCAUAGGGAUGCACGCCUUCGCCGAGUACCACGGUUGCUCCGAGCUGGAAAAAGAGUCCAGGAGGAUUUUGUUAUGGCGGUUUGAGGCCGUGUGGAAGCAGGAGGAGUUUCUGGACAUUGGCAAGGAGAAGCUCUCCUACAUUCUCUGCAGGGAGAAUCUCAACCUUUGGAAAGAAGAGGCGGCCAUCGACGCUGUCGUGAAGUGGGUGGCGCACAACGUGGAAGAAAGACUGGAAGACAUCUAUGAACUGCUGAGCUGCAUCAAAGUAGACUUAGAUAACAUGUAUUUGAGGUCAGCUUUCAGCCUACAGAAAAAAUGCCGGCUUAAUGACAAAAGGAUAAGGUCACUGAUACACAGUGCUGUGAACCUCAGUCCCCAAGGGCUUUCCAGAAGACCCACGGCAGCCAUGUAUGUGAUCGGAGGAUAUUAUUGGCACCCCCUAUCAGAAGUGCAUGUUUGGGAUCCUUUAACCAACGCGUGGGUCCAGGGAACGGAGAUGCCGGAUCACACCAGAGAGAGCUAUGGGGUCACUAGCUUGGGACCAGACGUAUAUGUGACAGGAGGCUACAGAACGGAGACCAUCGAGGCCCUCGACACCGUGUGGAUAUACAACAGUGAGAGGGAUGAGUGGACGGAAGGCUGCCCCAUGCUUGACGCGAGGUACUACCACUGCGCGGUCUCCUUGGGCGGCUGCAUCUACGCGUUGGGAGGUUACCGAAAGGGAGCUCCAGUGCAAGAAGCUGAGUUCUAUGAUCCUUUAAAAAAGAAAUGGCUCCCUAUUGCAAACAUGAUCAAAGGUGUGGGAAAUGCCACCGCCUGUGUCCUGCUUGAAGUCAUCUAUGUAACCGGCGGUCACUACGGCUACAGGGGAAGCUGCACCUAUGAUAAAAUCCAGAGAUACCAUUCAGGUAGCAAUGAGUGGAGUAUAGUCGCCACCAGUCCGCAUCCAGAAUACGGACUGUGUUCAAUUCCGUUGCAAAACAAGAUCUAUUUUGUGGGUGGACAGACCACGAUCACGGACUGCUACGACCCCGAGCACAACGAGUGGAAGCAGAUGGCACACAUGACGGAGAGGAGGAUGGAGUGCGGCGCGGUGGUUAUGAACGGAUGCAUCUAUGUAACCGGAGGGUAUUCCUAUUCGAAGGGAACGUACCUGCAGAGUAUUGAGAAAUACAACCCUGAACUGAACAAAUGGGAAGCCGUAGGUAAUCUUCCCAGUGCUAUGCGGUCACAUGGCUGUGUCUCUGUGUAUAAUGUGUAA